AUGAGCCUGCCUGCCUCCUGGGUGGUGGGGGUGGGUGCCGUCCGUGGUUGGGAGGAGGGACUCGCGCACCUUCCCUUGAGGACGGUCACCUUGAUGCUGCCACCGCACCCAGGCAACCAUCCGCAACCCUCAACGGUACCUACCUACUUGGUCCGUACCAUCGUCGUUCCUGUCACCAGUCCAGCGAUGACGGCCUUUAACAUAAUACCCCUUAUUCAUACCUCACUGGGCCAUGUUGGGGCGCGCUGUUCAAACCUCACUGGGGACAGGGCGGGGAAUACGGCUUCCUUUUUUCCUCCAUCUUUUUUGCUACUUGGGUUCCUUUCUUUUUGUCCCACCCCCUGCUCUGCUUAUGUUGUAAUAAGGUCGUCUUCGUUCUUACAAUGGCAGAAACGGAUUGCGGACUGUUUUGGGGGUGGGGGGGGCGUUAUUGCGGUUGAUACUGAUUUCUGUUCUGAAGCUGUUUGUGAAGCUAUUCCCAACUUGCAGCCCGAGUCAUGGGGCUCUUUGGACAACACAGCGGAACCUUGCAGUGGCAGCAAAGAAGACACGGGAGACAUGCAAUACUGCAACAGUUCAUCGGCUGAAUGUUUCUUUGCAUUUGUAGGGCAGUGA